CAUCACCAUUACCAUCACCUAUCAAUCAUGACGACCCGGGCGGCGACGAUGAUCACCUCACGCAGAGGUACAGUCAUACCAUUGUCGCGACUGUCGCUUUGUCGCAUGGCGUCAAGCUCCGCAGCAUCAUCAGCAUCAGCAUCUUCCUCGUCUUCCUUUGCCGCCGCCGCCGAGGCCAAUCGACCAGCAGCUGCGUUGCCUCCAAUCGCACGAAGCCACCCAGUCCUCUACGCCUCUCUCCUCUCUCCGCCAUCAUCGCAGCUUCAUGCCAUCGUCGCUCGAUUGGGCCUGCCGGCGAACGACGCGCAGGUGCUCAAGCAGCUCGCCAUUGCCCUGACUCACCCUUCGUGGACGGCUCAGCGCGAUGAAGCUCUGCGACGUCCAAAGGGAGAGCUCGGCUUCUCGCUGCACGCACGUCUUCAGGCCAGCAGAGAUCAACAAGAGGCCGGUCAGCCACAGACACAGGCCGAGCUGGCCACGUUGGGCAACUCGUUGCUGGGCAUCCUCGCCUCAGAAAACCUGCACCUCAGCUAUCCAAAUCUGCCCAAUCGCGUACUCAAGGCAGCACUCAGCGCCCUCGUGGGACCCCAGACACUGGCCGAUGUAGCUGCAGAGAUGGGAUUGGGAGCCAAGGGGGUGGUGAGGUGGGAUCGCGAGGCAAUGGUAGAGUCAAAGGUGGCUGGUGUCAGGCCAAGAAAGAUUCACAGUCGAGAAGUCCUUGCCAAUGCAAUGAGGGCAGUCGUGGCUAUCAUUUUCCAGGUCAAGGGCAUGGCUGCGGUACGAUCCUUUGUGUCGGCCCACCUCCUCAGCCGCAUCCCUCUUCCCCCGCCCAAUGCCCCGCCCGCGACGUCCCUUUCACCAAGCCCGGCAGCUUCGUCGUCCCUACUCGCCCCUCUGCUCAAGUUCUCCAACCCAAAGCGCUCCCUCUCGCUCCUUUGCGCAAAGCAUGGCCUGCCGACGCCCACGAGUAGACUCAUCGCCGAGACGGGCCGAUUGAGCAAUGCAGCCGUCUUUGGCGUGGGUGUAUACGUGGGGACGAGGCGUGUGGGAGAAGGAUGGGGCAGUCAGAUUCGUAUGGCCGAAUUCCGUGCAGCAGAAGACGCCAUGAGGAGGGUCAUGCUCGCCAACCCGGCCAAAGCAGCAGCGGCAGCAGCAUCAUCAGCAUCAUCUUCAGCAGAGGCGCAAGCGACAACGACGGGGCUUUCACGGGAGGAGCUGCCAAGCGCCACGUUGGAUCACAUCUUUGGUGGGUCAUUGGCGGCCGAGGGAGCAGCAGAAGAAGGCGUGGGGACAAGGGAUAUCUGGUCGAUUGGAGAAGACCGUAGGGCGACUACAUCGCUGACACCGAUCCAGUACAGACCGAGGCCGGUGGGAGAAAGCGAGGUCGUCUUUGGCAGCAAGGCGUAGCGGGCUGAGGCUGUCCAGCCACGAUGGCAAAUCAAUGUAUAUUGCAGCAAAU